CCGGACUGCCCCCCUCCCCCUCCCCCCCGCAGGCUCUCGGCCGGGCUCCUCCGCCAGGCCACCUACACCACCACCCGCCUGGGCAUCUACACCGUCCUCUUUGAGCGGCUGACGGGGCCCGACGGGACCCCGCCGGGCUUCCUCCUCAAGGCCCUCAUCGGCAUGACGGCCGGCGCCACCGGGGCCUUCGUGGGCACCCCGGCCGAGGUGGCCCUCAUCCGCAUGACCGCCGACGGCAGGCUGCCCCCCGAGCAGCGCCGCGGCUACCGCAACGUCUUCGACGCCCUGCUGCGCAUCACCCGCGAGGAAGGCGUCCCCACGCUCUGGAGGGGGUGCGUGCCCACCAUGGCCCGGGCAGUGGUCGUCAACGCCGCCCAGUUGGCCUCCUACUCCCAGUCGAAGCAGUUCCUCCUGGACUCGGGUAG